AUCGUCACUAUCGACGUCGGACCACCACACGACAAGCAGACCUUUAGUGUCCAUACGGAUCUUCUGUGCUACUACUCCGGGUACUUCAAGGCCGCCCUACGAGGGCGAUUUAUCGAAGCGAGGACAAAGCACAUUAAUCUUCCCUCGAACGAGAUCGACGUCUUCACAGCGUUUGUGCACUGGAUCUAUACUCGCAUCCUACCCGGGCCAGACGAAGAUGCAGCUAUCGCGACGCUCAGCCAGCUAUGGGUGUUCGGCGAUCAACGCCAGAUCCCGCUCCUCCAGAACGAAGCAAUUGAUCAGAUUGCACGAGCUGCCUCGAAACAAGGACACAUACCAAAGGCGUUCGUGCCAUACGUCUACUGCUACACGACAUGCAACUCACCACUGCGCCGUCUGGCCAUCGACCUA